AUGACUCAUCCGUAUGAGAAGAUGAAGAAGCUGAAGGAACACUACGACAUGUUAGGGUACAUUUGCGCGGCCCAAUAUGGAAUUCCUACCCGUUGCCCAUGUGGUGGUGAAAUAAAGAUUGAUGUUUCUCCAAUCCGAAUGAGUAGGUACUUCACUUGCAAGAAGUACGAGGACGAUGGGAUGCACUUUCGUCCGCCAUGGGCUUUCGGUGUAGAGGAAGAACUGCAGAAACUAAGGACGGAGGUGAAUAACAUGGCCGAAGAGAUUGCUAAGCUUAAGAUGCUUAUUACCUCGACUUCCCGUCCAUAA